AUGGGAAUGGCAAAAAACAAAAAACUAUGCUUUAAAUGUGAUGAAGAAAAAAUAACAUAUAAUUGUAAAGGAUGUUCAAAAGAAUUUUGUUUAAUGGAUUUAACUGGACAUCGUCUAAUAUUAACUAGUGAACUAAAUCAUAUCAACAAUGCAUAUAAUGAAUUUAAACAAACAAUUAAUGAACAAAAACAAAAUCCACAUAAUCAUUCCUUAAUAAAUCAAAUUAAUCAAUGGGAAAUAGGAUCAAUUGAGAAAAUUCAACAAAAAGCACAAGAAUACAGAGAAAUUGCUAUUAAAUCAUCAGGAACAUAUAUUAAUGAUAUUGAAAUAAAAUUCAAAGACUUGAAUGAACAAAUAAAUCAAAUGCAAACACAAAAUGAAUUUAAUGAAAUUGAUUUAAAUUAUUUAAGAAAUCAAUUGAUAGAAAUUACAGAAGAACUAAAUAAUCCAUUAAAGAUUUCUAUGAAAGAUGAUUCACAAUCAUUUAUUAAUGAAAUUUCAAUUAUUUCAUCAAAAAAAUCACAAUUUAAUAAGUGGAAACAAAAUGCCAUUACUGCGGCUGGUGGAAACAAACAAGGACAACAAUUAAAUCAAUGCAAUUACCCGUAUGGAAUCUUUAUUGAUAAAAACAAAAAUAUUUUUAUUGCUGAUCGUGGGAACCAUCGUAUUGUUGAAUGGAAAUAUAAUGCAAAGAUAGGACAAAUCAUUGCAGGUGGAAACAAAGAAGGAAACCGAAUGCAUCAAUUGAAGUGCCCAACACAUGUAAUUGUUGAUCAACAAAAUCAUUCGAUCAUUAUUGCUGACCAAGGGAAUAGACGAGUGAUUCAAUGGAUGAAUCAAAAGCAACAAAUUCUCAUUCACAAUAUUCAUUGCUCUCGCUUGGCCAUGGAUAAAAGUGGAUUUCUUUAUGUUUCUGAUAGUGAGAAGAAUGAAGUGAGACGAUGGAAAAUGGGUGAAUAUAACAACGAAGGAGCUAUAGUAGCAGGUGGAAAUGGAAAAGGAAAUCAACUGAAUCAACUUCGUUAUCCUACUUUUAUUUGUGUUGAUGAAGAUCAAUCUGUUUAUGUAUCAGAUGGUAGCAAUCAUCGUGUGAUGAAAUGGAGAAAAGAUGCAAAAGAAGGAAGAAUUGUGGCUGGAGGAAAUGAUCAAGGAGGAAAUCUUAAUCAAUUGUGGACACCUGAAGGAGUAGUUGUUGAUCAUUUCGGUCACAUCUAUGUGGCAGAUUGUUAUAAUGAUCGAGUAAUGCGUUGGUAUGAAGGAAAAGAAGAAGGUGAAAUUGUUGUUGGUGGAAAUGGUGAAGGAAAUCAAACAAACCAAUUGAUGCGUCCCCUUGGUUUAUCUUUUGAUGAUGAAGGAAAUCUUUAUGUUGCUGAUGAUUGUAAUCAUCGAAUUCAAAAAUUUGAAAUAAUAUUGUGA